AGAGCGACUGGGUUUAGACAGGAAACUACAACUGGCAAUGUACGGUUACGGUGGUGUUGGGGCAGUGUUGCAUCUGGAUAUUUUCACACCUCAGCGGAGAAUACUGAUAAUUGGCGAUCGCUGUUGAUGAUUAUUGGUAACGGAGAAUAACGUCUGCCAGCUGCCAUGAGCAGGGAUCUCAAGAGGAAGUUUGAGGACAGUGAUGAGGAUCAUUACUGCACCUCCUCCUCCUCCUCCCCCUCCCCCUCAUCACCUCCCUCAUCCUCAUCGUCCCCCAGCGUCCACAGAUGGGACCUGGAGGAGCAGGAGGAGGAGGAGGAGAACACACAGAAAGAGUCUCCGGACCGGAGACUUGAACCCACGCCUCACACUCCACAUUCUGCGUCCUCCCUGAGCUCCGUCCUGAGGAGCGCUAAGCCUAAGCGGGUUCGCAGGAAAGGCAGAGUCCACUUCGGCGCGGUGACAGUGUUUCACUUCCAGCGGUGUCAGGGCUUCACCAGCGUGCCCAGCCAUGGGGGCUGCACUCUGGGCAUGGAGAGGCGACACUCCUCCUACCAUCGCUACAGCCUGGCGGAGCACCGGGUGGAGCAGAGGCGGCAGCGCAGGGAGAAGCUGAGAGACAAGCUGAGGGAGGAGGCACUGAAGAUGGUCAAGCAGAAGCUACUGAAUAGUGGCAGUCUUACCAGGGAAGAAGCUCAAAAUCUCACACUGGAGGAUGUCCCAGAGGUUCAAUUAGCCUUCAACAGUGUGGACAAGGAGGAGGAGGAGGAAGAAGAAGUCAAGGACAACAACGCAGAUGGUGCGGAAGAAAAUGAUGAGGGAUACUUGCCAUUCUCGUACACUUCCAAGCAGAGGCGGAGGCUGUUGCAGCGUGCAGGUGUGACGUGCAUCGACCGCGAGGAGAAGCGAGAACUGCAGGAGCUGCGGCGAUGGCGCCAGGACUGCGGGUGCCACUGCCAGGGCUUCUGUGAACCCCUCACCUGCGCCUGCAGUCUGGCCGGCAUCCAGUGCCAGAUGGACCGCUCCAGCUUCCCCUGCGACUGCAGCAGGGACACCUGUGGUAACCCAGCUGGCCGCGUGGAGUUCAACGCCGGCCGAGUGCAGACCCACUACAUCCACACCCUGAUGAGGCUGGAGCUGGAGAGACGGCGGCUGGAUGACAGACUACAGAGGAGGCAUCCCAUGAAUGAGGAGGAGGAGGAGGAGGAUGAUAACGUGGGUGGGCGACGUGGGAGUGAGAGUGGGCAGGGGACUCUGAGCUGGUUGAACAGCUCUGUCGAUGACACCCUGCUUUCUCUAGAGAGCUGUGCCACCACCCCUCCCUUGACUCCUCUCUUCCCAGCUCCCGGUUUCAUUAUUGGGGCUGAGGUGACUGCCGAGGGGGAGAACAGCUGGAGCAGUGACAUGACGGACUCCUCCUGCUUCUCCAUGCAGAGCAGAGACUCAGGGGCCGACCUGGACACCCUAACAAGUACACAGGAUCACAGAGACAUGGGGCAAGACGUCCUCAGCCUGGGACUUGAGUCUGAUGAUGAUCUCCCAUUUAGCAUUGAUGGGGGUGACCACAGUCUGUGUCUUGAGAACAACAGGGAAAAGGCUUUGAGUUUGACGCAGAUGUCCACGUCAGUGUUUCUUGAUGAAAAUGCCAAUCAGACUGAUGCCAUGUUUCCGUACGAGGAGGCGCUCCCAGACCCGCCACACACGCCCUCGCCCUCUAUUGGGGACUCGUCUGAGAGCUACAUGGACCCCAGCCUGUCCUCCUGCUCCAGCUUGGAGUUUUUUGAUGACCUCCAUGACUACCACGCUAGUCCGGCCGUCAGCCAUCUUAGGGAGUACAGCAGCUAUCUCAGUGACGGCGACCUCUGCUCCCUCACCGGACAUGGCUUUCACCAAGGGGAAGAUAUGGGCACGCAGCUUCUAGAGUCUCUUAUAGGAGUUGCCUAGCUAGCUACCAGCUACCAUGCACAUAUAAAGAGCUGAAUGCCCUCGUGUGUUUUUGGAGUUAUUAGCAUGGAGAGGGCCUUAUAUUAAGUGCCUUAUACAUAUUGCAUAUAAAAAGGAUAUUCCUUUGCUUUAAAAAAUGGUAGGAUGUUUUAAUCCUCCUGACUGUGUAUUUCUAUAGAGUGUUACCAUAACCUCUCACUUUCAUGCUUAUCUUCAAUUUUUUUUGUGACAACCAGAGAUCUGCAGUGUCUUAUUCCCUGAGCAGGAAAUUAUUGCACUUGGCAGUGACUUGUAGCAGUUUAUAUGAAUCUUGGAUUUCCUGUCUGUGUAUCUAAUAACAGAACCUCAGGGACCUUUGCCAUAUCAUAACUUGUUGGGAUGUUUAUAGAUGCUAUAAUAAUAAUAAUAAUAUUAAUAAUAAUAAUGAUAAUGAUAAUAAUAAUACAGUGAUAAUAAAUAUGUACAGUAAUAAUGGAAUGUGACUGGUACAAAACUUUGACAUUUGUUGACAAUAGUGAACAUGAAGACAUCGUAAUUUGUCUCUCCUGAGUUGGGAACUACUGCACUGUGGCAUAUGAACAAGUUAUUAAGAAGCACAAGUUUUAUUUUCAUGCCAUCGGCUAUAUUCUCUGGUUUCUGUCUACAUGCUGAUGAUGGUCCAAAAUUACACAUGCAAUUUCCAGGGUGAUGCAUUGGUCUUAAGCAGAAGUUUAUUUAUUUGAUAUUUAUCAUUUGUACAGUGUCGACAAGAACAUCAACUAUAUGGUCAAUCAAUCAAUCAAUCAACUAAAAUCAAAACGUGCCAUUAAAUAUUACUGCUUAUACAUUCAUUUCCUUAUUUAAUUUGGAUUUUUUUUCUGUGCGUGAAUACAAUACUUUUCUGGAUUUUUUUGACUGUAAAUGCAAUAAAAUAAUGAAAUAAACAGACAACAGUCAUGUGUCACAACUGUACUCGGGACAGAUGCACCAAGACAGGCCUUCAGAAAUGUAAGGAACUGGAAGGAAGUCGUUGUAUUGUU